AUGGUGAAUUAUGAGCCACUGGUUCGAGAAAUUCAGGAAAUUUUGCGUUUCGAACGGGAUGUUGUAGUUUCCAUAAUAUUGUCAGCUACAGGUCGAAUUACGGGGAUAAAGGUGGUGUUUGCCGCUGGUAACACAUUGCUGAAAUCAUUGGAAUAUCUUGGACUGUAUCCACCCAAUAAUGCUCGCACAUCGUACUAUAUUUAUUCAUUCCUACUGAACGUCAUUGUGACAGUUUGCUAUCCGAUCACCAUGACUGUUGAUCUGUUUCUAUUAGAAGAUCGGAGCCUGCUAUUUCGAAAUGCAUGUGUGACUUUUGCCGAUGCAAUGUCUGGUGUAAAGUCAUUGAAUACAUUUUUCAAGCGUAAGCAACUUCGCCGAAUUAAUAACCUCUUGGAACACUUAGAUAAUCGAGUGAAGGAAGUCAACGAUCAUGACGAACAGAGGUAUUUAGAAAGAAUCAUUAGGACUGCCAAUCGGAUCCAGUUUGGCUACUUUAUUCCGUUCACUGCGGUCGCAAUGACAUGUUUUUUACCUGCUAUCUUCUCGAAGCAGAGACGGUUAAUCUAUAGCGCGUGGUUCCCAGUCGAUUGGAAAAACUCUGAUACUCUAUAUUAUAUUGUCAUCGUAUAUCAGCUUAUUGGUGUCUGGAUUAACAUUUGUCAAAACAUGCUAAGUGACUCUUAUCCGGGCCUAUAUUUGUGGAUUCUGAAAGGACAUUUUCAUGCCCUGAAUAUACGAGUGUCGAAAAUUGGAUAUGAUCUACGAAAAACUGGUGAAGAUUACUAUCAGGAACUGCUGAAAUGCAUUGGGGAUCACAAAGAAAUUCUGGAAUAUUGCAGAGUUUUUGAAGAAACGUUUAGUGGAGUUCUAUUUGUGCAAAUUUUCGUAACUGAGGUGACUCUUUGUAUCACGGCCGCUUAUAUUCCUUAUGUUGAUGGCAUGGCGGAGAUGAUUUAUACGUUAGUCUAUUUCGUAUGCAUGGCCACUGAGAUAUGUUUGCCUUGUUACUGCGGAAAUGAAAUUGUCUAUGAAAAUGCACAAUUCAGUAAUGCAUUAUACUCUUGCAACUGGAUAGAUCAAGAUCGGAAAUUUAAAAAUGCUCUGCUCUUUACUAUGCAAAGAACACAGAGACCUACUAUCAUCUAUGCUGGUGGAAUUGUAAUGAUUUCGUUAUCAACUUUACUUACGGUUUUUAAGAGCACUUACUCUCUUUUUACAAUCGUGAAACAAACGCGCUAACAGUGACUUGACUGAAAGGGUAGCUGUGCCUUCAAGAAAAUUAUGAUUUGAACUUGCUAAUCGAACUUAGAAUUUUUGCCUUUGAAACGCUGUAAAACACGCGGUAAUGAAUUCCACAUCAUUAGCUAAUAGUUUCUAACCGCUUCAACUUUCUACGCACUUGCAAUUA